AUGUCAGCAACAACAAGUCCGGCUACAGAAUUGUUAUAUUGUUAUAAUCGUGGUUGUCAAAAAAAAUUCGAUCCAACUGAUAAUAGUUCCGAAGCCUGUUUACAUCAUCCUGGUUUACCAAAAUUUCAUGAUGCCUAUAAAAUAUGGUCGUGUUGUCAGAAAAAAUCAACCGAUUUUUCUACAUUUUUAAGUUUAUCCGGUUGUACACGAUCGCAACAUAAUCCCGUGAAACCUGUCGAACCUGAAAAACCUCAGCAAAGUCGGGAUGACGAAGACGAACAAAGCACUCCUGUACCCAUAGUUCAGCAACAAACUAUACCAAAACCAUUGUCAAAUGAAGCACCUGAAAGACCUCCCACAGAUGAACCAUUGAUUGAAUUAACGCCAAAAAUUAGUACAAGUUUGCAACAAGCUCUCAGUAAAUUAGAUCUAGCAGAUAAAUCAGUAACAACAACAAAUGGAGCUGGUGCUCAAGAAAACACAGAUGAAGUAGCCAUAGGAACACAUUGUAAACAUGCAGCGUGCCAAGAAAUAUAUAAAGAUAAAAAUUCUGAUACUGAAACUACUUGUCGGUAUCAUCCAGGUGUGGCGAUAUUUCAUGAGGGUAUGAAAUAUUGGUCAUGUUGUCAGAAGAAAACAUGUGAUUUUCAAGCAUUUACUCUUCAAGUUGGGUGCACCAUUGGUAAACAUUUAUGGAAAGUAGAACAAAAUCUUGACGAUCCUCAAGCACUUAAAACGUCAUGUCGUUAUGAUUUUCAUCAACAGGGCAAUUUUAUUGUUUUAACACUAUAUGCGAAAACACCGAUUCCAGAUAAAACUCAUAUUAAAAUUAAUCAGAUUAAAUUAUCGGUAGAAACUCUGUUUGAAGGUGGUAAGAAAAAAUUUCAAAACGAAUGGGAACUGUACGCACGCAUUAAUCCAAAAGAAUCCACUGUGGAAUUAUUAGGAACAAAAAUUGAAAUUAUGUUAAAAAAAGGUGAACUAUGUAGUUGGCCCAGAUUAGAUGUACUGCCCCCAACUCAAAAGAACAAAUGA